GUGGAGAAUACUCGUUCCUGCAGAUGUGAAUGUCCUGCUUUAGUUAGGCUGCUGCGGUCAAAGGAUAAUGGGUGGUAUACAGCAGAGCUCUGCGACGAGCACAACCACUCACUGUCGCCGACAUAUGGGCAGACAUUGCACUGGCCAUCCCAUAAACAUAUCGACCUAUACAGCAGAGAUUUGGUGAAGCAGCUGAGGGAGAAUAAUGUCAACAUGUCGAAAGUUUAUAGCAUCAUAGGGAGCUUCUUUGGUAAGAUGGAGAAUGUUUCGUUCAUGAAAAGAGCACUGCGGAACUUGUGUGGUAAGAUUGGUCGUGACCAGGCAGAGGAUGAUGUCCGGAAGACAAUGGAGGUGUUCCAAGAGCUAGGUGCGAAGGAUCAACAAUUCACAUAUAGAGUGCAAGCAGACAAACAGGGGAGGACUAGUACUCUCAUGUGGGCUAAUGGGAACAACAGGCUACAGUACACUUUCUUCGGUGACGUGGUGACGUUUGAUACAACUUACAGGACCAACUUGUAUGACAUUCCAUUUGGGCUUUUUGUUGGGGUGAACAAUCACUUUUAGAGCAUUAUACUAGCCGGUGUUUUGGUACGGGAUGAGAAGGUCGAAACCUUUGAAUGGGUUUUCUCAGAAUUUGUGAGGAUGAUGGGUGGCAAGGCUCCACAAACAAUUCUGAUAGGCCAAAAUCGUGCAAUGGAGGUUGCUAUACGGAAUGUGAUGCCAAGCACAGCGCACCGGUGGUGCAAGUGGCACGUACUGAAGAAGGAAAAGGAGUCAUUGGGUCGGUUGUACUCGAAGAAGAGUGAUUUCCAAGCAGAAUUUCACAAGGUUGUUAAUCACAUGUUGACAAUUGAUGAGUUUGAAGAGGCAUGGAAGUUCCUAAUAGAUAAGUAUAACCUGAAGUCACAUGAGUACAUGACCAACCUGUAUGAUAUCUGGCACAAAUGGGCAAAACCUUAUUUCAAAGGUGUGUUCUGCGCUAAAAUGACUAGUACUCAGAGGAGUGAGAGCGCAAACCAUAUGCUGAAGAACUACAUACCCCCUGGGUGCCCAAUGCACAUGUUUGUGUGGAAAUACACGGUGUUGCAAUUCGACAGGGAAGCGGAGGAAAAUUAUGAAGAAAAACGAACCAGAAUUGUAAGCUACUGUUCGUGGGGGUGGAAAAGAAGUUUUGAAUGUUUGGCUGCUUGCACUUUUUUAUAUAUCUGA